GGUUUGUUGCAUAAAAUUAUGCGAAAAUUUCUGUAAAUAGGCUUCCUUCUUCUUCCAGACUUCUUCACAGUUCACACUCCCAAUCUUGUUUUACUACUGUAUUUAUUUAUUCAUUGGGGACGGGCACAAAAUAUAAGAACUCAUAAUCCCAAUCUAAAUCCAAUCUAAUAUACAGAGAUUCCUGGUGGGAAUCUUCUUUCUCUAACCCACCCCCAAGAAUCUUUUUCUCUUUAUUCACACUUGGCUGUCAACGCACAGCCGCCGGAGACAUGAUUACCACUGUUGAAGAAUCUACCGGGGAGACUCCGGCCAGGCUUCAGGGGAAACUGAUUGCAACUAUAGUGUGUUGGUUUCUGGGACUGGGUUCUCUUGUGGCUUGGAAUAGCAUGCUUACAAUUGGAGAUUACUAUUACCAAUUAUUUCCUGACUACCAUCCUUCUAGGGUGCUUACCCUGGUUUAUCAACCCUUUGCAAUUGGAGCAAUUGCAAUUCUUGCAUAUAAAGAUCAAAAGGUUAAUACAAGGAUCAGAAAUUUAGUAGGGUUUUCCCUAUUCAGCCUGGCCACUUUUGCACUACUGAUGUUGGAUGUAGCCACAUCGGGGAAGGGUGGAAUCGGACCUUUCUCGGGAAUUUGUGUUCUGGUUGCAUGUUUUGGGGUUGCAGAUGCCCUUGUUCAGGGUGGUGUUGUUGGAGACCUUGCUUUCAUGUGUCCUGAAUUCAUCCAGUCAUACUUGGCUGGUUUAGCUGCUUCUGGGGCACUCACUUCUGGCUUGAGGUUGGUGACUAAAGCGGCAUUUGAACAUUCCAGUAACGGUCUCCGGAAAGGAGUUAUUCUGUUUUUGGCAAUCUCCACGUUCUUUGAAUUCAUAUGCAUCAUUCUCUAUGGAUACAUCUUCCCCAAAAUUCCAAUUGUGAAGUACUAUCGCGCAAAGGCAGCUUCUGAGGGAUCAAAAACUGUUGCUGCAGAUUUAGCUGCAGCUGGCCUCCAGACAAAUUCAGCUGAUGAUGCCAAGCAGGUGGCGAGGCUGACCAACUGGCAGUUGUUCACUCAAAACAUUGAUUAUGCAUUGGACCUCUACCUCAUAUACGUUCUGACUUUAUCCAUCUUCCCUGGAUUUCUAUAUGAGAAUACCGGAGAACACAAUCUUGGAUCAUGGUAUUCGGUUGUUCUGAUUGCUAUGUAUAACAUUUGGGAUUUGGUGUCGAGGUACACUCCCAUGAUCAAGGCAAUUGAGGUGAAAUCCAGAAAGUGGCUAAUGAUAUCGAUAUUGUCGCGUAUCUUGUUGAUCCCGUGCUUCUAUUUCACUGCCAAGUAUGGGGAUCAAGGCUGGAUGAUCUUCCUCGUAUCUUUCCUAGGACUAACGAAUGGCCAUUUGACAGUUUGUGUCCUCACUAAUGCUCCUAAAGGUUACAAGGGACCGGAGGCAAAUGCAUUGGGUAACAUUCUUGUUAUGUCCCUUCUUUGUGGCAUAUUUUCUGGAGUGGCUCUUGACUGGCUCUGGCUAAUUGGCCAUGGCAGUUUCUGAGGAAAAAGUGAACUAUUUUCUUGCUUCAAGUAAAAAGAUUGGGUUCCCCUUAGAUACUUAGAUGUUUAGAAUGUACUCGGGUAAUAAUAAUUAUGCUACCAUAUUUAUCUACUCAGCUGUUUUUUUUUUGGCUUCAAGAAAUAUGUGUUUUUCGUUUAUUUAUGUGAAUAUUUUGCAGAUGGUGGGGGUCCAAAUUAAUAGGGAGUAAAUUU